GCAAGCUGCGGACAUCCGGUUUAGAGCGGAAGUGAAAGAUGCCCCUUUGAAGUGCCUCCGUGCGGGAGCAAGCCGCAGACAUGAAGAUGGCGGGUGCCGGACACAUGAUGAGUUUGGCCGCCCUGCAGAGACAAGAUCCUUACAUCAACAAACUGCUCGAUCUCACCGGACAGGUGGCGCUUUAUAACUUCAACUCCACAACCAACCAGUGGGAGAAGACAGAAAUUGAGGGGACACUGUUUGUGUAUACAAGGUCUGCUUCUCCGCACCAUGGCUUCACCAUCAUGAACCGCCUGAGUGCUGACAACCUGGUAGAACCCAUCAACAAAGACCUGGAGUUCCAGCUGCAGGACCCUUUCCUGCUCUACAAAAACGCCAACAUGGGCAUCUACAGUAUUUGGUUCUACGACAAGAGGGACUGCCAUCGCAUCGCUCAGCUGAUGGUCCAGAUUGUCAAACUUGAAGCCGACCACGCACACAGACAAUCCCCAGUGAAGGCGAAGCCCAGGCCGACCAAUGGUGUAGCAGAAGCGCGACCCAUGGGAAUCCUGGAGCUGCUGAGCAAAGCCAAGGAGGAAUACCAGAGGGCGCAGUCAUGUGACGCUGAUGCACCUACAGACCUGAAUGCCACGGCAACUUCAGCUUCAGACCACACCUCCCAGCAGUCUGAUAAGAAGACUCAUAUGAUGGUGAAGCAGAUUACAGUGGAGGAGCUUUUUGGCUCGUCCAUCCUUAAGGACCCCCCUCUGCCCGCCAUGACCACUAAAAAUGCCACGCCUGCUUCCAGUGACCCCUCAGCUACUUACCCCCAGAACCAACCCUACCCCCCUGCGGCACACCAGAACCCUCUCCGUGGUCCCCACGUGGCCGCCCAGGAUCUUGGGCCACAGCAGGUGCACCAAGGCCACGGCCUGCUGCCGGCCCCUUACGCAAUACAUCACAACCCUGUUUUCCAAUCGGCGGUCCCCAGGCCCGACCCCCAGUCCAUCUGUUCGCUUUCUCCUCUCAUGGUGCCUCCAGAGGCUCGAACUACUCCCGCUGGGCCUGCAGCUCCCCGGGCUUAUAUGGAGCAGGAUAUUCUCAACUCGCUCAAAACGUCAUCGCAGUCGCUCAAUGUGGAAAUCCACAAGCCUGUGCUGGCGCCCAAUUUCCUGCCAAGCACUCUGGUGCCACCUCACAGCUUCCAAGAACAUCCAGCGGUCCUCCAACUCACACAAGACCGGGAUGUUCUUUCGAAGCCCCCAAACCUGAUCAAACCUGUUUCAGCUAUUCCUAUGAGUCCCGGUCUUGCCAUUCCCAGGCCGGACUCCUCCGUGCUGCUCUCCCCCAGCGCCUUCCAGCAGUCUCUCAGCAAGGUGGCAGCUGCAGCUGUGGUCCCUGCAUCCCCUUCGGAACACCUGGGCACCUCUGUAGGGUCUGUGGAGCCUCCGCAGCACCCCUGCAGCAAAGUUCAGCUGCAAGAGACACUCAUACACCUCAUCAAGAACGACUCAGCCUUCCUGGGAACCAUUCACGAUGCCUACCUGCAGAACCUGUCCAAGGACUUGAGCGCCAUGAAGCUCUGAUGGUCUUCAACAAGCAGGUGUUUAUGGGAGAUCUGGACCCUUCCCUUCACUUCUUUCUUGUUGAUGUCUUCAAAGGACAGGAUGACUCUUUUCCUUUCCCACUUGUACCUUUGACCUCACCUGCUGGACUAAUUGGCCCUUAGGCUGCUGGACUCACUGGCCCCUUGGCUGCUGGCUUCUCUAGAAGUUCUUCAAGAAGGAAGCAUUUUUUCUCUCUUGCUUUUCAAAUGAGGACCUUUGAUGAAACCUUUUUUAAGCUUGCCUUCACACAUGCCCUCUAUUUCAUAAGAAUACUAGUACAACACUGCAGUAUUUGCCCGUAAUGAUAGUACAACGCUGCAGUAUUUGCAGCUAAUGAUAGUACAACACUGCAGUAUUUGCCCCUAAUGAUAGUACAAUGCUGGAGUAUUUGCCCCUAAUGAUAGUACAACACUGCAGUAUUUGCAGCUAAUGAUAGUACAACACUGCGGUAUUUGCAGCUAAUGAUAGUACAACACCGCAGUAUUUGCACCUAAUGAUAGUACAACGCUGCAGUAUUUGCACCUAAUGAUAGUACAAUGCUGCAGUAUUUGCCCCAAUGAUAGUACAACACUGCAGUAUUUGCUUAUAAUGAUAUUACAACACUGCAGUAUUUGCACCUAAUGAUAGUACAACACUGCAGUAUUUGCACAUAAUGAUAGUACAACACUGCAGUUUUUGCACCUAAUGAUAGUACAACACUGCAGUAUUUGCACAUAAUGAUAGUACAACACUGCAGUUUUUGCACCUAAUGAUAGUACAACACUGCAGUAUUUUCAUUUAAUGAUAGUACAGCACUGCAGUAUUUGCAGCUAAUGAUAGUACAACACUGCAGUAUUUGCAGCUAAUGAUAGUACAACACUGCAGUAUUUGCAGCUAAUGAUAGUACAACACUGCAGUAUUUGCAGUUAAUGAUAGUACAACACUGCAGUAAUUACCCCUAAUGAUAGUACAACACUGCAGUAUUUGCCGCUAAUGAUAUUACAACACUGCAGUAUUUGCAGCUAAUGAUAGUACAACACUGCAGUAUUUGCAGCUAAUGAUAGUACAACACUGCAGUAUUUGCAGUUAAUGAUAGUACAACACUGCAGUAAUUGCCCCUAAUGUUAGUACAACACUGCAGUAUUUGCCGCUAAUUAUAGUACAACACUGCAGUAUUUGCCGCUAAUGAUAGUACAACACUGCAGUAUUUGCACCUAAUGAUAGUACAACACUGCAGUAUUUGCACCUAAUGAUAGUACAACACUGCAGUAUUUGCACCUAUUGAUAGUACAACACUGCAGUAUGUGCACCUAAUGAUAGUACAACACUGCAGUAUUUGCAGCUAAUGAUAGUACAACACUGCAGUAUUUGCAGCUAAUGAUAGUACAACACUGCAGUAUUUGCAGUUAAUGAUAGUACAACACUGCAGUAAUUGCCCCUAAUGAUAGUACAACACUGCAGUAUUUGCCGCUAAUGAUAUUACAACACUGCAGUAUUUGCAGCUAAUGAUAGUACAACACUGCAGUAUUUGCAGCUAAUGAUAGUACAACACUGCAGUAUUUGCAGUUAAUGAUAGUACAACACUGCAGUAAUUGCCCCUAAUGUUAGUACAACACUGCAGUAUUUGCCGCUAAUUAUAGUACAACACUGCAGUAUUUGCCGCUAAUGAUAGUACAACACUGCAGUAUUUGCACCUAAUGAUAGUACAACACUGCAGUAUUUGCACCUAAUGAUAGUACAACACUGCAGUAUUUGCACCUAUUGAUAGUACAACACUGCAGUAUGUGCACCUAAUGAUAGUACAACACUGCAGUAUGUGCACCUAAUGAUAGUACAACACUGCAGUAUUUGCCCCUAAUGAUAGUACAACACUGCAGUAUUUGCAGCUAAUGAUAGUACAAUACUGCAGUAUUUGCAGCUAAUGAUAUUACAACACUGCAGUAUUUGCAGCUAAUGAUAGUACAACACUGCAGUAUUUGCACCUAAUGAUAGUACAACACUGCAGUAUUUGCACCUAAUGAUAGUACAACACUGCAGUAUGUGCACCUAAUGAUAGUACAACACUGCAGUAUUUGCACCUAAUGAUAGUACAAUGCUGCAGUAUUUGCCCCUAAUGAUAGUACAACACUGCAGUAUUUGCCUAUAAUGAUAGUACAACACUGCAGUAUUUGCACCUAAUGAUAGUACAACACAGCAGUAUUUGCAGCUAAUGAUAGUACAACACUGCAGUAUUUGCAGCUAAUGAUAGUACAACACUGCAGUAUUUGCAGUUAAUGAUAGUACAACACUGCAGUAAUUGCCCCUAAUGAUAGUACAACACUGCAGUAUUUGCCGCUAAUGAUACUACAACACUGCAGCAUUUGCAGCUAAUGAUAGUACAACACUGCAGUAUUUGCCACUAAUGAUAUUAGAUUACUGCAGUAUUUGCAGCUAAUGAUACUACAACACUGCAGUAUUUGCAGCUAAUGAUAGUACAACACUGCAGUCAAGCUGAAGUUAUAAGUUGACAAAGCAUACAAAGAUAAAACAAAACAUGUUCUAGUAGUAUUUUAUACUAAAUGAUGUAAUAUUACAUACUGAACUAUAUAAUUAUAUUAUAUAUUCCACUUUAUGAUAUUACAUACUCAACUAUAUCAUAUUUUUAUAUAUUUCACUAUAUAUUAUAUAUUCCACUAUAUAUUAUUUUAUAUUCCACUAUAUAAUGAUAAUAUAUAUAUAUAUAUAUAUAUUCCACUAUAUAAUAAUAUUUCUAUAUUUCACUAUAUAAUAUUAUAUAUUCCACUAUAUAAUGAUAAUAAUAUAUAGAUAUAUUCCACUAUAUAAUGAUAAUAAUACAUAUAUAUAUCCCACUAUAUAAUGACAAUAAUACAUAUAUAUAUAUAUAUAUUCCACUAUAUAAUGAUGAUAAUAUAUAAUAUUAUAUAUAUAUAUAUACUGCAGGUGUACCUAAUUCACAACUCCUCCAACACGAACAUUAUUGUUUUUGCACUUUUUGGCUUCUUAUUAAAUAACUUUUGUAACCUAUUUUUAUGGGCUUUCCUCUUUGUGAUGUUAAGUUCCUGUUAUGUGCUGUUAUACAGUAUAUGCCUUGAGCUCUUAUUUUGAAGGCGCUAAGAGCGGAAGUGAUGUCACGUUGCGGAGGUUUUUGAAAGAAGGUAAAUAAAGUGGUCCUCGUGUAAACUGGAGCCUCCGUGUUUGUUAUUUUGUAGUUUCAUACAGUAUAGGCGAC